AUGUCCCUGCGUCUUGCGGAUCCACUUUCUGAGUUCCACGAGGGGAUGGAGAAGGAGUCGGACGACGACGAUGACGACGACCUGAUCCGUGCCACCUGCCCCUUUUAUCCCGGUCUGGGUUUGGGGCUGGGGCUCUUGUUGCAUUUCAUGCACGACCUUCCCCAGAUUGGAGGAGGGUUGGUACCUCAAGGAGAUAGAGAGGCUGAGGAGCAACACGGCAUGAACAGAGGGGACCCUGCUGCUGCUGCUGGCAUCCAGUUGAAACUCGGAUUCGCUGUUCUCGUCCCCCUUUGGUGUCACGAUCCUCAUGCCACGCAGCAGCACAAGCAGCAGAAACAGCGACAGCAACAACAGAACCAGAACCAGAAACGCAAGGGUCUGGGUGCAGGCCAGAAGGACAAGGACCGCAACGAGUUCGUAAAUCGUGUGUAG